GUUGUGUAAUACGCAGGUGGAAAAUAUGUAAAAGUGACGUCAUGGGCAGUCCUUAUUAUCAUGUCCAUGGUCCAUGAUAAUAAAAAAUAUGUAAACAUUAAAGAACAGAAGGAAAUUAUAAAAUAAUUAAUGUCUGGUUGAAUUACAAAUCUUGGGACUGAUACUUCUACAAAAAUUAAAUAAUGCAUAGUGACAGUGAUUCCGAUAAUUUCUAUGACGCUGAAGAUUUCACAUCAACUCAAAAUUCAAGGAUCGUCAGAAAUACUGCAGACCACUCAUCAAAUAGUGGUAAUACCUCAGUUUUUGAAACAAGACAGAUCAAAGAUCUUCGACCUAACAUCCAUAAAUCUUCAGAUUCAAGAUUGAAUGAACCAGAGCAACCAAACGAGAGUUUCAUUGGAGGUAAAAAAAGAUUCCAGGAAAUUCGACAGAAGCUUCAAAUUGAUGAUGAUGAUUACCAUUCUAGUAACGUCACACCACCUAACAGUCAGAAUUCUUCAGUAGAUGGAAUUUCUGUAGGAUCGAGUAGAACAUCACAUCCUUUCCGCAUUAUUGAACAAGACACCAUAAGUUUACAAAGCCUCAACUCUUUGGGGAGAGUCGGACGAAUAUUAGUUGGGAAUGUAGAUUCUGGGUCUCUUUCUGAAUCUGGACGGAAAGCCUUAUCGGUAACAGCUUUAUCAUCAAGUUCGUUGGAUUCUGUAUCAAUUGAUUAUCCCGAACAAGUUCAGCAGUGUACAAGUACAAUAACUUUAUUGGCGGAUGAUUUUGUUGAUGAAAAACGACUUCCUUUACAAGAACCGGAUGUCAUCGCCAGCACAAAAUCUAAUGUUGCCCAUCAGCAUUCUGGAGCGCCCUGUCUGCAUAUUUCUCCCAAAUUAGAUGUCCCCGUUGCUCCACCUAGACGCAGAAAAAAACAUAUCAAGUCAACUGGUCUCGCACUGAAAACCUCUGACCUGAUUCCUUUAGAACCUCCGGAACUAGCAAGUCCUGCGAGUACUAUAGAAUCACUCACCAGGGAGUUCGAACAUUCCUUAGAUCAAUUUCCACCAAGCAAGUUAGAUGAAUGUGAUAAAUUCUUACCUUCUGAGAUGAAAAGUUUCGAUUUGAACACUGGGCAUUCUUUAGAUAUAAGACAAGCUUUAAAGGGACAAUUUGUCGUCAAACCUCAAGAUAAUAAUAUUCCAAAAGGACACAUCAGUAUUAGAAAUAUACAUAAUAAUGAAGAAAAUAUAAAUUUAUCAACAGAAAUAAAAAAUUCAGAAAAUGGUGCGCGAGGAUCUUCUAAUAGGAGCAGUUUAGGUCAUUACAGUUUGGGCCCUCAUAGAGGGACUCAUCAACACGAAAGAAAAACCCCUGUUAGAGAGCGCAGAAAAUCAGCUGGAGAUGAAAAUUUUUUAAAAAAUUUAUUUCACGUUCGUACACAUACAGAUUCUGGCAAACAGCUUUCUGAUUUGGAAAUUCUUGAACAAGUGACAGUUCUCAAUUUGGAUACAGGGGAACGCGUUCCACUGAGUGUUGCAGAAGAUAAACUUCCUCAAUGUGUUAAUCCCCUUUCCCUUCAUAUAAUGAGAAUUACAUCAGAAUAUGUUAGCAAUUCCAAUAUGGACAAGGAUAAGGAAUCUGAUGAAGAAAGUGUAGAUAAAAUAUCUGAAUUACCGAUUGUGGGUGAGCAUGAUUUGGAAAUAGGUAGAUUGAAACAGAAAACUGCUAAGUUUAAACAGUUUCUCGGUUCAACUGUUAAGAAAACAGUGCAUAGAGCAAAAACAAUUGCACAUGAAGUUUCUCAUGCUCGCCAUAAAGAGGACACAAUUGAUAUUGUUGAUAACGUGCAUCCUGGUGAACAUAACUGUAAAUUAAAGGCCUCAAAUUCUCAUAAAGGACCUUACGAGUUUGAAAAAGUAGAACAUGUUCAAGAGCUCAAAGAUGAUCAACACGAAGGACCAAUUUGGUGUAUGAAGUUUUCUGGUUGUGGUAGACUCCUAGCAACUGCUGGCCAAGACAAGAUUCUAAGAAUUUGGAUUGUUGAAAGUGCCUACCAAUUUUUUCAGGAAAUGAGAACAAAUCACAUAGAGUAUUUAACAAUAGUUGUGUAUGAAAAAGUGGCUGUUUGGAAUGAAGUAGAAGGAAAUCCAAAACUGAUCACGGCUGCUAAUUUUUGCCAAAAUGGAAAAUUUGCUGUGGUGGGAACCUAUGAUGGGCGCUGUAUAUUUUACAUUACGGAUCAACUGAAAUAUCAUACCCAAAUUCACGUACGCUCUUCUCGAGGUAGAAAUGCAGUGGGACGCAAAAUAAGUGGAAUAGAACCAAUGCCAGGGGAAGAUAAAAUAUUAGUUACUUCAAAUGAUAGUCGAAUAAGACUAUAUGAUCUUCGAGAUUUGAAUGUAUCAUGUAAAUAUAAAGGUUAUGUUAAUAUGAGUAGUCAGAUAAAAGCAAGUUUUAGUCAUGAUGGUAAAUAUAUAGUAAGUGGGUCAGAAAACAGAGAUAUUUAUAUCUGGAGAACUAGUCACGAUUAUUCAAAGUUUUCUUCAGUUAGGAGAGAUAGAAAUGACUUUUGGGAAGCAAUCAAGGCACAUAAUGCAACUGUUACUUGUGCGAUAUUCGCACCCAAUCCGGAGGCCAUCAUUAAAGCACUAGAGGACAAAUCAAAAGAUAAUAUAGAAUUCGAAGAAAAGAUUGAAGAUCCAUUAGUCCAACAACAUAGCAAAGGAUUUGGUGGAUAUGUCUUAAUAUCAGCUGACUUCAGUGGAUGUAUCAAAGUAUUCAUUAACAAAACGAAGCCCAAACAUAGCUCUUUGCCAGUAUCAGCGAUGUCAUAAUUGGUUGAAAUGAGUCGACAGAUUUACUCACGCACCAUUUCCUCAAAUAACUAAUUCAAUGAGUAUGAAUAAUUUAAGUGUAAAUUUUUUUAACGAUAUAUUAUUUGGAAUUAAAUUUGUAGGGUGAGUGAAUGUUUGCACUCAAAUACUGAAAUAAACUAAAAUCAUGUGAAAAUACAAAUAAUAUGACAAAAUGU